UAGGACCUUGUCAGCAGUCAGCUUACAAUUUUUAACGUUGUGAGAACUUCAAGAAUAAUAAUUUCAUUAAUGUUUUCAUUUGUAACAAGAAAGAAAAGAAACAAUAUAUAUUCAUACUGUGUCAUAUAACUAAUAAAUACUUUGGUAAUUAAUGAAAAUGAUUAUUGUAAUAUCCCGAAUGGAAAUGGCAUAGAUUAUGACCAAAAAAAUAUUUAUAUGAUAUAAAAUAUUUACAUGAUGGGUAACGAGAACUCUCAAUUGAACGGCCUAGAAAUAGAAGAAAAGGCCAUCGAAAUAACAGAUUUUUGGUCGCAUUAUCAGGCUACCAUUAAAGACAGUUGUAGAUAUGUUAGCUUAAAGAGUGAUGGUUCAGUUUCUGUUUUUAAAGGAUUAUCAGUAUUAGGGCCACUAUGGACAGUGUCAACACCGUUAGAAAAGUUUUCAAAUAACCUUUUAAAGUAUCGCCAUCCAUGCAUAGUGAAAUACUUAUCAGCUUGGCAGCAAAGAUCUACUUUUCAUUUAGCUACAGAGUAUAUUCAGCCCUUGGCACACAUUUUAAAUUCGCAAACACCUCUUCAAAUUUGUAUAGGACUGAAUAAUAUUUUGCAAGCCUUAGUUUUUCUUCAUGAACAGGCAGGCAUGUCACACAACAAUGUCUGUGUAUCAUCUGUUUAUGUAUCUGGGGAUGGCCAAUGGAAACUUGCAGGAUUACAAUAUUUAUGUACAUUUGCUGAAUUAAAUGUAGCUUAUUUAAAACAUGCUAGAAUACACAGGUAUGACAAAGCAAUUGACCCAAAUGAAGAUUCACAUGAAAUUACCUCCAAGGUAGAUCAAUAUGCCUUUGCCGUUUUAGUUGAAGAUGUCUUUCAAGGCCAUAGUGAUGAUGAAGUCCCCCAUUUGAAGGAAUUUAAAACAUACUGCAGAAAUGAUCUGCAGAAUCCAAGUCCUGAAAAAAGACCCAAUUUAUCUGAAAUAUUAAAAGACAACUUUUUUAAUCAUGAAUUCAUUUCCAUAUAUAAAUUUCUCAAUUUCCUACCUCUAAAAAAUGAAGAUGAAAGAACUGAAUUUUUCUCAAACAUUUUGAGUCACCUAAAGUGUUAUGAUGAAGAAACUGUAGCUAAACAGCUUGGAGGAUUGUUACUAUCAAGACUUACUCUUCUAGAUCAAACAGCUCGAAAAGAUGUUUUACCAUUUAUAUUGAAACCUAAAAAUGAGAGAUUGCAAAAUGGCGAAUCUACUGGAUUCUUUAGUCUUAACAUAUUCAAGGAACAUUUAAAACCAAGACUACUUCAGUUGUUUAGUGUAAGAGAUAGUCAAAUUCGUAUGCUGUUAUUGUCUCAUUUUACUAAAUUUGUCCAUGUGUUUUCUCACGAGGAACUCUCGCAUCAAAUUUUACCAGAGUUACUUUUAGGUAUAAAAGAUACAGAUGAUAAUCUAGUAGCUGCUACUUUAAUCUGUCUCAGUGAAUUAGUUCCUAUAUUAGGUGCUGAUACAGUAGUUGGAGGAAAAAGAUCAAAACUAUUUACAGAUGGUAGACCCAAGGGAAAUUUAACAAAUACUUACACAAAAAUUGACAAUGACUUCUUUUUGGCAAACAAAGUACUUCGAGAUUUUCAUUGCUCCCAACCUAUUUUCCCAGUUGAUGUAAGUACACCGGUAUUUGAACAAACUAUUACUCUAAAUGAAAGACCUUCUCCUGUUGGUGGUGAAGCAAUAGAAAAUGAUACAAUAGCAAUAGAUCCUCAGAGGAAUAAACUAAUUGAAUCAGAAGAUGACUGGGAUGAUUGGGAUAACUCUAACCGACAAUUAGUAACAAUUAACAAAUUACAAGAUGAUGACUAUUAUUUGAAGAAAGAAAUACCACGAGAAACACAGUUUACAGAAUCAUUACCACAAAUUUCAAUAACCGAUAAUGAAAAACAAACAUCUAAAUCUGCACUGCUAGAAAAAGCUGCUCUUGAAGCUAAAAGAAAUAUAUUAGAUAUAUCUGAAUUGGAUAUAAAGACUAAAAAGAUAGAAAUUAGCAAGGAAAAGGACGAUUUUGACUUUUUCGCUGAUAUGAUGCCAGUUAUAGAAAAACAAAAAAUAGUCACUAUUGUUGAAAAAUCGGAAAACUUCAAUAAGUUAAACUUUGUACCCGAUGAAGAAGCAGAUGAAAAUGAUGGAUGGGGAGAUAAUUGGAAUGAAUGAAAUUAUCUGUAUGGAUGAUAAUAAUGACACGAGUGUAUUCUGUAUGGAUAUGAAAUGUAUAUUACUUGUAUAAAGUAAAUGUAUGUAAAAAUCAUUGAUAGAAAUAAUCAUAUCAUAUUUUAAUCACACUCAAUAUAAACUUUUGCAUUUUAAAUGUGAGAAUCCAGUCUGAAAUAUGAUGUAAAAUAAGGUGUAAAAACAUAAUAUUAUAUUGAAUAAGAAAUUAUUGUUUAGUCCUUUUUGUACCUAAAUAGUUUAUAGUAGAGGUUGUGUAUUAUAUAUUUAUGUAAAGCAAUAUUAGUAAAAAAAAAAAUUUAUCACAAAUUUAAUGAAAUGCUUAACAUAAGAUUUGACCAAUGGGGGGAACGUAGGAGACUCCUGACAUCUGACGGUGAUGAAUUUUGUACAUCUUCGCUCAGUAGCUCAAUGCCGCGCUGGGUCUGAGCUUGCUCCCUGCAUUACGAGAUUUGCUGCUUAAAGCAUUGCUGCUUUCAUUUUUACAAUUACAAGUUAAUCUGUAAAUAAUUAUAUAUAUAUAUAUAUAUAUAUAUAUAUAUAUAUAUAUAUAUAUAUUGUAUUAGAUGUAUCACUGUUAUGUAAACCACAAAAUAUUACAAUAUUAAAUUAACAUUUGUAAUGUAGUGAUUUAAGUUUAACAAGAUGGCUUGGCCUAAUAAAUCUGACAUUAAUUGUCUUUAAUGUUUUAUUUAAAAUGCAUGGAAUAAUACUUAAGUAUAUAAAGAAUACUGACACAUUCCAAAUCAAAACAAUCUAUAACAACAAC